AUAUAAUCCCCUCCCUACUGGCUACUACUGGUCUUCAUCUAAGCUCUUCUUUUCUCUUAUUCUCCUUAAAAGCACACUCUUUCUCUUUCUGGCUUCUUUAUUCUCUUACUGUAAAAAGCCAUGUCUUCUCUACACUGGAAAGUAGUAGCAUUGGUUUCAAUUUUGCUCCAGCUAUGCUUUUGCAUACUAGUGGAGUCCAAUCCUUCUUCUCAUUUUGAUAGAGUCACUUGGUUACCGGGUCAACCCCAAGUCGGGUUUCAACAAUAUUCGGGUUAUGUGACCGUCGAUGAGAAGAAACAGAGAGCUCUGUUUUACUACUUUGCUGAAGCUGAAAUAGAUCCUGCUUCUAAGCCUCUUGUUCUCUGGCUCAAUGGAGGUCCUGGUUGCUCUUCUCUGGGAGUUGGGGCUUUUUCUGAAAAUGGGCCAUUUAGACCCAGCGGAGAGGUGCUGGUCAGGAAUGAAUUUAGCUGGAACAGAGAAGCUAAUAUGUUAUAUUUGGAGACUCCAAUUGGAGUUGGGUUCUCUUAUUCAAGGGACACUUCCUCGUAUGAAGGCGUUAAUGACAAGAUUACUGCAAGGGACAAUAUGAUGUUCUUGCAGAACUGGUUUGUAAAAUUUCCUCAAUACAGAAAUAGAAGUUUGUUCAUCACAGGAGAGAGCUAUGCUGGCCACUAUAUACCCCAACUGGCCCAACUGAUGCUUGAGUUCAACAAGAAGGAGAACUUGUUCAAUUUGAAAGGAAUUGCUCUGGGAAAUCCAGUUUUGGAAUUUGCUACCGAUUUCAAUUCGCGGGCUGAAUACUUUUGGUCUCAUGGACUUAUAUCUGAUUCCACAUACACAAUGUUCACUUCUUUCUGCAACUAUUCCCGAUAUGUAAGUGAAUAUUACAGAGGCUCUGUCUCUCCCAUUUGUUCAAGGGUAAUGAGCCAAGUGACUAGAGAAACCAGUAGAUUUGUUGACAAAUAUGAUGUCACUCUUGAUGUUUGUAUAUCAUCUGUGCUCUCACAAUCCAAAGUCCUUACUCCCAAGCAAAUGGGUGAAAGAAUAGAUGUAUGUGUGGAAGAUGAAACUGUUAAUUAUCUUAACAGGAAAGAUGUGCAGCUGGCUUUACAUGCACGCCUUGUAGGAGUUCGUCGUUGGGACGUUUGCAGCAACAUCCUAGACUAUGAGCUACUUGACCUGGAGAUACCGACAAUCACAAUUGUUAGACAACUUGUUAAUGCAGGAAUCCCAGUUUUGGUGUACAGUGGUGACCAAGAUUCUGUUAUCCCAUUGACUGGAAGUCGAAAAUUGGUGAAUGAACUGGCAAAGCAAUUGAAGCUCAGAACCACUGUGCCUUACAGGGUAUGGUUUGAGGGGCAGCAGGUUGGUGGAUGGACCCAAGUUUAUGGUAAUAUCCUAUCAUUUGCCACCAUUAGAGGAGCAUCCCAUGAAGCUCCAUUCUCUCAGCCUGAGCGAUCACUUGUGCUUUUCAAGGCAUUCUUAGAUGGACAGCCUCUACCAGAAGCAUUCUGAUUUGCUGAUCAGGUCUUUGAUGGGAAUACAAAUUGGGAUUGUAAGUAAGUUUGAUUGCUAAAAAAGGUAAUUGUUAAUCGUCCUUGAGAGAAAUUGCAUUUGUUUGUUCCUUGUUUACCAAGUUUGUAAUUGUCCAUGUUAUGGUUGUACAAAAAUUUUGUAAAAUUUCAGAGAAAGGAAAAAUGUGUUCUUUGUGUACUUCUAAUGUUUUAUUAUAGCAUAAUAUAUCCAA